CUUCACUUCGCCACGGACGCCUCACUGACCGGCGGUGGCGCCAUUUGUUUAGACGAGUGCUUCCAUUUUCAGUUCUCCCCGGAUAUCCUAACAAGCGCUUCUCACAUCUCGUCUCUAGAACUCUAUACCAUAGUGGUCGCCGUGCAGUUCUGGGCCCCCAAGCUUCGCGAUCGAAAAUUCACCGUGUCCUGCGAUAAUCAAGCCGCCGUCACCGUUAUCAGUUCUGGCUCCACAAAGGAUUAUUUCAUGCAGCGCUGCUUACGGCAACUGUGGUUUUCCGCUGCUGUCUUUGACUUCGAGCUCCAGGCUCCUCACAUCCCAGGAGAUCACAAUGUUUUAGCCGACGCUUUGAGUCGUUGGGACUCGGAUCCUUCACUUCAUGACACUUUUCAGAUGUCUGCUUGCAGUUUAGGCAGAGUUUACACCUUUCAGCAAGUGCCACCAGACUGUCUCCUGUUUCAAAUUCAGUGACAUUUGUUUUGUUUUUCGUUUUUUGAUAUCGCCUUAACGCUCGUAUACAUCUUGUUAUUACCUUCAUAGUCAGCUUAGUUACCUCUUUUUUUCCCUUUCUUUUCUGUUCUAGGUAGUUUACAAGGCCUCCAGUGGCUAGACAGUUUCAGUGACAGACUCAUUCGUUUGGCCCAUGCUGCAUCUACGCAUAGCAACUUGCAGUCUCACCUUAAACUAUUUACACAGCUUUGUCACGACCUCGGUCAUCAGCCUUUCCCCGUUCAAGUCAACACGAUUUUGCGCUAUCUUGCUUUUCUUUCUGCUUCAGGCAGAGCUAUUAGCACUAUCGAAAAUCAUAUUUCCAGCAUUAAGCAUUUUCACCUGUUAUUUGGUUUUGCUCCCGGAUGGGAUUCGGCCUAUUAUUUCAAUUAG